UUUCACGGAAUCCAUUUUCACGUCUGCUCCUGUAAGUUCUCAGCUAGAACGCUCCGAUCUAGAAGUUCUGGUCGCGUUGUAGCUCUCUCAAAAGACUGCCAAUGUUGGAAAUAUAGUCCUUGUAUCUUUCCUCGGUGGUCCCAAUAUACUCGAGCCCAACGAACCUGCCGAAAUGGCUAUCAAGAAAAUAGGUGAAGGGAAAUUCAUCAAGCUCUUCGGAUGGGCGGCACGAUCAGCCACGGCCUCGGACAAUACGAUCAAAUUCCCCCACCUCAAAGCUCUCUUGGACAACAGCGACGCAAACAAGCCUGCGCGUUUCAUAAUCUUGACGAAUUUGGAAGCGCUCGCGGCUCUGGGCCGUGAGAUGACAGAAAAUGAUCUUCUUUACGACUUCUAUAAACAUCUGCGUGAGGUGUUCAGGGAAUGGUGUGACUCUAAAGGCUACCCUCAACCGGAAGAGUUCUUCUUCGCUGCUCCUGUAGUGAAGAAUAGUGCUCUGGAUGCCAACGAACGCGGUGUUUUUUUUUCAAUAAGGGGAGGAUGGAACGUUUGUUACGUAAAGCUGGUUUCACGGAUGCACGUGUCUCAACCACUGAGGCGGAGGCGAGGCUCAUGUCGAUUUUGUACAAUGCCUGGCGGGAAGAAAGAGAUCUUCCAAGGAAGAUUACCUUGGUUGACGCCGGGGCCGGCACAGUGCAAGUCGUUUCCGUAAAAAUAGACC